AUGGUAUUCGACAAUAUCUGUAUACCAUCACUCUAUGUGAUUAAAGGUAUUAUUAUAUUGGAUAAUGAUGGAAAUCGACUUUUAUCUAAAUAUUACAGUAAUUCAUAUGUAACUCUAAAAGAGCAGAAAGAUUUUGAAAAAUCUCUCUUCAAUAAAACACAUAAAGGUUCAGGCGACGUUAUUCUUCUUGAUAAUUGGACCAUUGUCUAUCGAAAUAAUGUUGACUUACUAUUCUAUGUUAUGGGAAGCACAAAUGAGAAUGAAUUGAUGUUAAAUUCUGUUUUAACGUGUUUAUUCGAUUCAUUGAGUACGAUGCUGCGAAAAAAUGUUGAAAAAAGACAUCUUUACGACAAUCUUGAUUUAGUUAUGCUAACAUUUGAUGAAAUUUGUGACGAUGGAAUUAUUCUUGAAACUGAUCCAAUAUUAAUUACGCAACGUGUUCAACUACGACAAGAUGACAUUCCAUUAGGCGAACAGACUGUUUCUCAAGUACUUAGCCAUGCAAAAGAACAAAUCAAAUGGUCACUACUCAAAUAG